UUGCUCGGUUAAAUGUACCGAAUGAACUUUCAUUUCCCCACUAUCUGGGAAGACAUCCUUGAUUUCCUACAAAUACUGGGUGUAGAACUUACUUGUGCAUACGAGGCUCUGCCUCUGGGCUUUCUAUUCUGUUCCAGAGAUCCAGUACCAGAAUAUUUAAAUCACUGUGUCGUUAAACACGUUUUAAUAUCUGAUAGGGCCAGUUUCUGCGCAUUGCACAUUUUUUUUUUUCCUUUCAGGAACGUGUUCGGGCCCGCGGCAGGGGGCGGGGUCGCGCCUCCUCCGCGGCUCCGGUUCCAGCCGAGCCUCACCGCCUCGGAGAUGGAAAGCCCAAGGCUGCUCCCGCCUCGUGGGACACGACAGAGUGGUGGUGCUGGCAGCCCCGCGGGCGGCAGCCGGUUCCACGGCGGCCCUGACCCGCGGGCUGGCCAGGUCCCCGCGCGCCGCCUCCUGCUGCUCCGGGGCCCCCAAGAUGGCGGGUCCGGGAGGCGGCGCGAGGAGGCCCGCGCGGCCUCACGGGGCCCGGGCCUGAGCCCGUUGGCGCCCAGGUCGGAUUAUGCUAGUGGCGGCGACAGCGAUGACUUCUUCCUGGUGCUGCUGGACCCGGUGGGUGGCGAUGUGGAGACCGCGGGCGAUGGCCAGGCCGCAGGGCCUGUAUGGAGGGAGGAGGCCGAGUCGGUCCCACAGCUGCAGCAGGGUGAGAGUGGCGCGAAUCCCGCGGGCCGCCAGGCGCUAGGCCCCCGCUGCCUGUCUGCAGUCCCCGCCCCAGCCCCGGCCCAGAACCCGAUCCCCGCCCCAAGUCUGGCACCCGCCGCGGCCUUCACGGGCACCGUCACCAUCCACAACCAAAACCUGCUCUUGCGCUUCGAGAACGGUGUCCUCACCCUGGCCACACCCCCGCCGCCAGCCUGGGAGCCUGAAGUCGCGCCUGCCCCUCAGCCUGGGGGUCUGAUGGCUCCGCAAGCGGGGGUCCAGCCCAACGACUGCCCUGAGCUGCCGCCCGACCUCCUGCUGGCCGAGCCGGCUGAACCGGCGCCGGCCCCAGCGCCUGAGGAGGAGGCAGAGGGCCGGGCCGCAGCCGAGAGUCCCCGCAGGCCGCUGGGCCCGGGCCCGGGCGUGGUGCUGUACCUGUGUCCCGAGGCGCAGUGCGGACAGACCUUCGCCAAGAAGCACCAGCUGAAGGUGCACCUGCUGACUCACAGCAGCAGCCAGGGCCAGCGGCCCUUCAAGUGCCCCCUGGGCGGCUGUGGAUGGACUUUCACCACCUCCUACAAGCUCAAGAGGCACCUGCAGUCGCACGACAAACUGCGGCCCUUUGGUUGCCCUGCGGAGGGCUGUGGCAAGAGCUUCACCACGGUGUAUAACCUCAAGGCGCACAUGAAGGGCCAUGAGCAGGAGAACUCGUUCAAAUGCGAGGUGUGCGAGGAGAGCUUCCCCACUCAGGCCAAACUCAGCGCCCACCAGCGCAGCCAUUUCGAACCUGAGAGGCCAUACCAGUGCGCAUUUUCCGGCUGCAAGAAGACGUUUAUCACAGUGAGUGCCCUGUUUUCCCAUAACCGUGCCCAUUUCAGGGAACAGGAACUCUUUUCCUGCUCUUUUCCAGGCUGUAGCAAACAGUACGACAAGGCUUGUCGCCUGAAAAUUCACCUGCGGAGCCACACAGGUGAGAGACCUUUCCUUUGUGACUUUGACGGCUGUGGCUGGAACUUCACCAGCAUGUCCAAACUCUUGAGGCACAAAAGGAAGCACGAGGAUGACCGGAGGUUCAUGUGCCCUGUGGAAGGCUGUGGGAAAUCUUUCACAAGGGCUGAGCAUCUGAAAGGCCACAGCAUAACCCACCUGGGCACAAAGCCUUUUGUGUGCCCUGUGGAAGGCUGCUGUGCCAGGUUCUCUGCUCGCAGUAGUCUCUACAUUCACUCCAAGAAACACUUGCAGGACGUGGACACCUGGAAAAGCCGCUGCCCAGUCUCUACUUGUAAUAAGCUCUUCACAUCCAAGCACAGCAUGAAGACCCACUUGGCCAAAAGGCACAACCUUGGCCAGGAUCUCUUAGCUCAGCUAGAAGCUGCAAAUUCUCUUACGCCCAGCAGUGAACUUACCAGCCAGGGACAGAAUGACCUCAGUGAUGCAGAGCUAGUGUCUCUCUCCUCUGAUGUGCCUGGCAGUAGCUCCGCUGCAGUGCUGGACACAGCAUUGGCAAACUCUGGAAUCUUGACUAUUGAUGUGGCUUCUGUGAGUUCAACUCUGGCAGGGAGCCUCCCUGCUAAUAAUAAUAAUUCAUUAGGGCAGGCUGUGGACCCUCGGGCCUUGAUGGCCACCAGUGACCUUCCUCAGAGUCUGGAUACCUCUCUCUUUUUUGGAACGACAGCCUCUGGUUUUCAGCAGAGUCCCUUAGAUAUGGAUGAUGUCUCAAAUCUAAGUGUGGGGCCAUUGGUAUCUCUGGGCUCUUUGGCUAUGAAAAACUCGAGUCAAGAGCCCCAGGCUUUGACCCCCAGCAGUAAGCUUACAGUGGACACAGAUGCUCUGACUCCUUCAAGCACCCUUUGUGAAAACAGUGUCUCGGAACUACUGACGCCAACCAAAGCAGAAUGGAAUGUACAUCCUGACUCUGACUUCUUUGGACAGGAGGAAGAGACCCAGUUUGGAUUCUCCAGUCCAGCAGGAAACCAUGGUUCUCAGAAAGAAACAGAUCUUAUCACAGUGACUGGCAGCUCAUUUUUGGUAUGAACUAACUAUUAAUUCCUUGCCACGUGGCUUAUUCUUAUGAAUUACACUCCAUUUUAAGGAUAUUCUGGACUAAAUGUUUAAAUCCAGUAGUCAUUUCUUAUAGGUUUGAAAAAGAACAAAGCCCUGGGCUACAAGUCUGGAGAUUUAAAUUAUGAUCUUGACUCUGGAACUGUCGAGUUGUGUGACCCUGAGCAAGUCACUUAAUCUAUCUGAGCCUUAAUUUCCUUAUUUAUAAAAUGAGGUGGUUUGAAUUGAUUGUUUCUAAGGUCUUUUCAUCUCUGUGAUUCCUUGAUAAGUUUAUUUCCUUGGAAAAAAUAAGGACAAUUUUUAGUGCUUGUGUUGCAUGUGCUUUUUUCCCCAACAUACAUAAUGGUGUAAUGAACAGCCAUGUCCUUAUCACCCAACUUUAACUUUUAUUAAUUCGCAAAUAAUUUUGUUUACCUUAUCUCUAACCCUUU